GGCAUCAUCAGUUGAUCCCGAACACAUGCUUUUUCAAGAAACUCAGGAUUUGGAACUGAACCUAAGUGAAUCGGAAGAUGAAGCAUCGAUGGACGACGAUCAGGACAUAGCAUCUGAGGACGAUGAAAACGAUCCUGACUACACCAAAAUGACAAGCGAAGAGGGCUUACGGUAUUGGGCGCUAGCUCGAUCAGAAUCGCACGCAUCUUUAAAAAGUUUGUUAAAAUAUCUUCGAGUCAACACAGAUCUCCAUCUGCCUAAAGAUCCAAGGACAUUGCUGCGGACACGACGAAAUCCUGCUAUCCUUUCGUCUAUAGGAAAUGGCAAAUAUUGGUAUAAUGGAAUACGCCACUACUUGACAAGUGAAAUGCGAAAACGUACUGCAGUGCCACAAACGCUUCAGUACGAUCUUAACAUCGAUGGCCUUCCUCUUCAUACGCGAUCUAAAACACAGUUCUGGCCAAUUUUGUUGAAGAUUGUUGACCAGCCGGAUUGGCCAGUGAUGAUCGUGGCUAUCUAUUGCGGACCAACAAAACCGGAAAGUAAUGAGCUUUAUCUGCGGCAGCUAGUCGAUGAGAUAAAUUUAUUAUCGAGCACUGGACUGAUGGUGGGAGAAAAUGUCAUCACGUUAAAAUUAUGA